CAUAUUCUCUCGUUUUCUAUUCCUUCUUUAAGAAUGACGACUGAAGUAAAAGCUCACGACACUUCCCUCCCAUGCUGGAACAUUGACAACAAAAAGUUCAGUUACCAGACGAAAUCGGCCACGCCGAUGGUGACAUCAUGGCCAAUGGGAGACGAGGAUCCGGCGGCCACUCUAGCAAUGGCCCGUCCCGAGUUUGGAGAGCACGGUGGCGUGAACAUGUCGAUUGAAAACUCGAUAACAUUCACAGUGAUGGAGGCAGAAACGAUGCGUAUGAUGUUCGAAGGGGAGUUGGGCCCCGAACGAGACUUCUUUAUCUAUAGCCGCCACUUCAACCCGACCGUCCUGGCCCUCAGCCGGCAGAUGGCGGCGUUGGAAGGGACCGAAGCGGCGUAUUGCACGUCAAGUGGGAUGGCUGCCGUUUCAUCUGUUUUGCUGCAGCUUGUGAGCUCCGGUGGGCAUAUCGUGGCGUCGAGGACGCUCUAUGGCGGCACUCACGCGUUGCUGUCGCAUUUUCUGCCGAGGGUAUGCAACAUAACGACGACGUUUGUGGAUGUGAAGGACCAUGAAAUGGUUAGAGAUGCCAUGGUAGAGGGAAAGACGAAGGUAUUGUAUUUCGAGACGGUGGCGAACCCGACAUUGACGGUGGCAAACGUCCCAGAGCUGAGCCGGAUGGCGCACGAGAAGGGGGUUACGGUGGUUGUCGAUAAUACGUUCUCGCCCAUGAUCAUCUCACCGGCGAGGCUCGGUGCUGACGUCGUGGUUCAUAGCUGCUCCAAGUUUAUCAGCGGAGGAGCAGACAUUAUUGCCGGAGCUGUUUGUGGAUCUAAAAAUUUAGUGAAUUCUAUGAUGGACCUUCACCAAGGCACAUUGAUGCUUCUUGGGCCAACAAUGAAUGCUAAAGUUGCAUCGGAAAUCUCUCAAAGAAUUCCUCAUUUAGGCCUCCGAAUGAAAGAGCACUCUCACAGAGCUUUAGUUUUCGCUCAAAGAAUGAAGAAUCUCGGCCUUAAAGUGACAUACCCUGGCCUAAACGAUCACCCUGACCACCAACUUCUAAGCUACAUAGCAAACAAAGACUACGGCUACGGCGGAGUUCUGUGCAUUGACAUGGGGACCGAAGAGAGAGCCAACAGGCUCAUGAAUCUCCUUCAAAAUCACACACAUUUUGGUCUCAUGGCUGUUAGCUUGGGCUUCUUCGAGACUCUAAUGUCAUGCUCUGGUAGCAGCACGAGUAGCGAGUUGAAUAGCAAGGAGAAGGAACUGGCUGGCAUUUCUCCAGGAUUGAUUAGGAUGUCUGUUGGAUAUGUUGGAACCCUAGAGCAGAAAUGGAGCCAAUUGGAGAAAGCAUUGUUGAAGAUGAAGAUUUGAAGGAUUUCAUUGUCACAUAUAUGUAUUUUCAGAAAUUUCAUGUUUAAGGUUUUCAUUCAUGUUUAAGGUUUUAAUUAAGUGUCUUAGAAAAGAAAAAAACAUAUGUUAUUUCUGUAAGAUAUAUAUAGGUAUGUGUUUUAGAAGGGUUAUUAAAGAUCUUGCUUUUGUGGGUGUAGAAGUUAUUGAGAGAUGCAAAUACUUAGAUUUGUUUAUUUGUAUUUAUUUUGUAUUGGGGUCAAGGGUCAAGUAGUUUAUGUGGUUUAAUAAUUUUGGAGUUAAAAAAUCAUUGUAAGUAAGUUCAAUUGAAAUAAAAUAGAAGU